AUGAUGAUGGAAUACGGCGGAUAUUUUUCUGGUGGAACUGUUCCACAGCAGAGUGUCGACUCUUCAACCACUGUGAAUUCAUCAGUUGCGAAUUCGUUUUUUUAUACUCCACAAACACAUAAUCUUUAUCAUCAAUACACAAAUCCAUACCUGCCAGGUGGACGGUAAGAUAAAUAUGAAAACGUCUGUAAAUGUCUGUAUUUUGAGGUGUCUCAAUUCGACCCAAAAUACGACUUCAUCUUCCACUGUCUCUUCGUCGUCAACAUCCAAUUCUUCCAACUACCGGAACUCCACGCAUGAGUCGUUACAAGCUUUUUUCAAUACUGGGCUACAAUAUCAACUUUAUCAAAAGUCACAACUCAUCGGAAGUGACAACACUCAAAAAACCAAUAAUGCUGUGCUAUCAGGAAUUUCUCGUGACUCUUUAGUUGGUGAGUCCAGUUCAAAUUUUUGAGGCGGAUUAGGCUGGUUGAACAGGCGAUUUCAGGCGCCUGUUUUCUCAUCGCAGGAACGCAGCGGCGCGUUGAAAAACAGGCGCCUGUUCUACCAGCCUAAGGCGAAUACAUUUUCUUGACUAAAAACCGGCUUCAGGCGGCGUUCUAUUACAAAUGCACACUUUUUUUAUUAUAGGGGCACCGCACAGAAAUAGCGCUCUGUUGAGAAACUCUUUUUGCAGUGCAAAUUGAGCGAGCUCGGCGCAGAGUUUGAAAAGUUAGGCCACGUUUUCAGUGUAAUAUUACUUCGCGGCCUAGAAAUUCGGCCAGAUUGCGAACAGAGCGCCAUUUCUGUGAGAUGCCCCUAUAAUAAACGUUUAAAUGUUUAAAAAAAUCGGACUUGCAACGGGCCGGGCCGGGCUGGGCCGGGCCGGGCCAAAAUUGGAAAUUUUCCGGCCCGGGAGGAUGCACCUAAAAAUUCAAAGCGAACUAGAACUUCGAAACGAACAUAAUUUUAUAGACUUAACAUUUUAUAGACUUAAAAAGGCAAUGUUAUAGCAUAAAAACCUGUUAAAAAAUAGAAAUUGCUGUUUAAAAUCGCAAAAUUCUCACAAAAAUUACGAAAAUUUUCUCAAGAGUGGGCGGAGCCGGGCCGACCGGGCCGGGCCGGGUCGGGCCAAAACCGGGCCGGGCCGGCCCGGGAUUUGGCAAGUCUUAAAAAAAUAGACUGAAAACAGCUUUAUAUGCAAUUUUCUCUUUAUUUCUGUCCUAGGCUACUCCGAACCAAAACUUUCCCAAAUCAGAACUGUGCCCCGGAUCAGAAUAUUCCCGUAUCAGAACUGUCCCGAACGAAACCUAUCUGCGCGUGGUUUUCGUAAUAAAAAAACCACGCGCAAAUAUUAUAGAGGCACCGAAAAGAAAGGGCGCUCUGUUCGCAAUCUGGCCGAAUUUCUAGUCCGCGAAGUAAUUUUCCACUGAAAACGUGGCCUAACUUUUCAAACUCGGCCCCGAGCUCACUUAAUUUGCACUGCAAAAAAGUUUCUCAAUAGAGCGCCCUUUCUGUUCGGUGCCCCUAUAAUAGGUUUCGUUCGGGACAGUUCUGAUUCGAACAUUUCUGGUUCGGAGUAGCCUCCUAAAAAUGAAUCUGAAAGCGGUUUUUUGUUAGAAAAUGGGGAAAUUUGUGAUCUACCGAAUUCGUCUCAAAAUUUAAAAACGAAGAACUCCAAUGCGCGUCUCUAGCUUGAAAAGUUUCGCUCCGUGCGAGAUCCAAAAUCGAGUAAGGUGUCAAAAAGUUUAUUUUUAAGUCGCACACUCCGGCAAAUACAAAUUUGAUUUUUAGGCGCACUGUGCUCAACAGGAGCAACUUCUAAUCCAUCCGAACGGCGGAAACAACGUAGAAUUCGUACCACUUUCACUUCUGGACAACUAAAAGAGUUGGAAAGUGCAUUCUGUGAGACUCAUUAUCCUGACAUUUACACACGAGAGGAAAUUGCAAUUCGAAUAGAUUUGACCGAAGCUAGAGUACAAGUAUGGUUUCAGAACAGAAGAGCAAAGUACCGUAAGCAAGAAAAGCUAAGAAAAGUGAAAGACGAUGAGGGUUCUGGAAAGCAAGUUGGACAUAAUAUCUUGGAUGAUAUAAUAGAUCAAAUAUAAAAGGAGAUGUGUGAUCUCGAGUUUUCUUCUGAAAAAAUAAAUUAUUAUUGCUUCAAUAAUGUAUAAUUAUCACCGCGUGUACUCAACUUUUCCCUGAUAAGAAUAUGUACCAGAAACGGCAACCUAUCAAUCCGACGAUCACAACAAGUAGUAUAGGAUGGAGGGAUUACAGUCCGUUUCAAAAGUAUAGGGCCACCCCUGAAAAUCACCGGCACGUCUUCCCCAGGUAGUAUCAUGCCUCCGCACCUUGAAAAUCGGAUUCAGCAUGAAAAGUUAUCUCUGGAUAACUAUUUUGGGGCCAGUACAUUGGGUGCUGAGGCCAUGGUGCUGGAAAAUCUGAAAAAGUGGCUUCUGCAGGCGUUUCAUAAGUAUAGUGCCACCCCUGAAAACACGCUGGAAGCCUCUUAA